AUGGCCCCCCUCGUCACGAGUCUCCCCGAUAGUAUCCUUCAACGACUGAACGUCCUUCGUGUCUGUCUAGGCUCGCUUCCUGCCACGGUACCCCUCUCCGAUGCCGUGACACCUCGGUACGACUUCCGCGACUGGCAGUGCAACACAACUCUGCUCGAAGAUUUUGGCACCCACGCAUGCGUACUCAAUCAUGACCUUGAGGUCGUGCUGGCUCCAAACGGCCGUCGGCCUGGUACUCGCCCCGUCGAGUUCAAGGAACGUGGCCCAGGACUUACGGCCGUCCCCGAUGCCAUCGCAGCUGCGCUGUUGAAGACGGGUUGUGCCUCUGAUGCCGUUUUGGAGAAGUGGAUCGAUGAUCUC